AGUGAAGCUGCGCCCUGAGGAGAAACCGGGGUGGAGGCGGAGAGAUGGCGCUGGGAGGUGGAGUUUCAGGACUAGACAUUCCAGUUUGCCGGAGACGUGUUGCUACUGAGGCCUUCAUAGCCAGUGCUCCGAGAAAUAGAAAGUCAGGCAAAGUUCCCGUUCUGUGGAGCUUGCAGUCGGAAGAAUCCUCUACACACACAGACGGCUGACAGAGUAGCAGCUGAUCCGCAGUGGGAGCCCAAAGAGUGAAGAGAGCACAACUAGAAAGACGUUCCAAAAAUGGCUGUAUGGUGUUUAGAGAUCUGGGUACCAGCUGCAGCGUGCACAUAUUUGCAGAGGCUUCUGUUCAGCUAAGAAUGGGCUGUGGACUCAGAGAACAGUCCUGCUUAAAAACCUCAGGAGCGGUUGCACAAAGGCACAAGGGAAUGUCAGAAGAAGUUAAUGAGAAGAUUGGACAGUAGUUUGAAGGAUUUGAAGUCUUGAUUGUCUCAACCAGAUGAACCAGGUACUCUUCGAUCUCUGAGUCCUGUAAUGAUCUUGCAAUGAUGUUUUAUUAAAAAUGGACAGCACAAAGCAGACUCCAGUAAAAUACUACGUUGGAAUUGAUGUUGGGUCAGCAAGUGUUCGCGCAGCUUUGGUAGACGGGUUUGGGACAGUAGUGGCACAUGCAGAUCAGCCAAUCCAAAUUUGGGAGCCCCGGCCAGACCACUACGAGCAAUCCUCUGCAGACAUAUGGGCUGCCUGUUGCUCCGUCACAAAGAAAGUUGUCUGUGGAGUAGAUGCCAGCCAGAUUCGAGGGGUUGGUUUUGAUGCUACGUGUUCCCUUGUUGUUGUGGAUAAACAGUUCCAACCUUUGGCAGUCAACUGUGAAGGACAAAACUAUAGGAAUAUUAUUAUGUGGAUGGACCAUCGUGCAGUCAGUCAAGUUGAGCGCAUCAAUGCAACGCAACACAGGGUUUUGAGCUAUGUAGGAGGAGUGAUGUCUGUGGAAAUGCAGCCACCUAAAUUGCUGUGGAUAAAGGAAAACUUACAAGAAUCAUGCUGGGAGAAUGCAGGCUACUUCUUCGAUCUUCCGGAUUUCUUAUCUUGGAAAGCCACAGGUGUCACUGCAAGGUCCCUCUGUACGGUAGUGUGUAAGUGGACCUACACUUCAGAUGGCGGUUGGGAUGACAGUUUCUGGAAGAUGAUUGGUUUGGAAGAUUUGGUGAAGGAAAAGUAUGAAAGAAUAGGAAACCACGUCUUGUCUCCUGGAGAGUCUGUUGGAAAAGGUCUAACACCAGAAGCUGCAAAAGAUCUCAGUCUCCCCGAAGGGAUUGCAGUAGCAGCAUCUCUCAUUGAUGCACAUGCUGGAGGACUAGGAGUAAUUGGAGCAGAUGUGAAGGGACACAACCUGCCAUGUGAGAACCAGCCAAUUACAUCCCGAGUUGCUAUGAUCUGUGGAACAUCUUCAUGCCACAUGGGGGUCAGUGAAACACCCAUUUUUGUGCCUGGUGUUUGGGGACCUUAUUUCUCUGCAAUGGUACCUGGAUUGUGGUUGAACGAAGGAGGUCAAAGUGCUACAGGGAAACUGAUAGAUCAUGUGGUCCGCAGCCAUGUCGCCUUCCCGGAAUUACAGUCAAAAGCUGCAGCCAGUGCUCACAGUAUAUAUACGUACUUGAACAGUCACCUGGAUCUGAUUAAGAAAUCUUUGCCUGUGGGUUUCCUCACUGUUGAUUUACAUGUUUGGCCAGAUUUCCAUGGUAACAGAUCUCCCUUAACAGAUCUGACACUAAAGGGCAUGGUUGUUGGACUAACAUUGUCUCGGGGUCUGGAUGAACUUGCCCUUAUCUACUUGGCCACGAUUCAAGCCAUUGCUUUAGGAACAAGACAUAUUUUGGAAACUAUGGAGGCUGCAGGGCAUCAUAUCAACACGCUGUUUCUGUGUGGUGGGCUGAGCAAGAACGCUCUCUUUGUGCAGAUGCACGCUGACAUUACUGGCAAGCCGGUUGUCCUGUCCAAAGAAGUGGAGUCUGUUUUGGUGGGUGCUGCUAUUCUUGGAGCUUGUGCUUCUGGGGAUUUUGCAUCUAUACAGGAGGCCAUGGAGAAAAUGGGGAAAAUUGGGAGAGUCGUGCAGCCUAACCAUGGGCAUAAAAGAUUUUACGACAAGAAAUAUGAAGUAUUUUUGAAACUUGUGGAACAUCAGAGAGAGUAUCGCUCCAUCAUGAACAGCUUCUAAUCCAGAAUCAUGUAAUUUGGGAACAGCAGGGAUAACGAAUUUCCAGAUACUUGUGAUGAGGGUAAUUUCUUCUUACUGUACCGUCCAUGGUAAAAAUAGAUUUUUAUCAUUUAAGGUGUACGUUUUAAUUUUUAAUGAGAAAUAAAAUGAAUUCACUUCACUGGGAA